CCCUCUCUCUCCUUUCCUCAGGAGAAAAGCCACUACAGCUCAACAUUCACACAGUCUUCUCAAAAACCAAUCUCCAAAAUCCUUUCUUUCUCUUCUUCUUCCAACAAUAUUCGUCAGGUCAUCUCCAAACAGAAACAAAUGGCAAACCCAAGAUUCAAAAACAUGUCUUCACUCAUCAAAAUACUCAUCUUCCUAGUUUUGAUUGCCCCCCAAGUGAAUGCUUUAAUGCCAUACACAAGAUCCCUAUGGGACAUGAUGCUUCCAUCAGAAGACCCAUUCAGAAUUCUUGAACAAUCCCCACUUACAAUCCCCAAAGGAGUUGAAUCUCUGGCACUAGCAAGGGCAGAUUGGAAAGAAACACCAACAUCCCAUGUAAUCUCCAUGGACAUUCCAGGGAUCAAGAAGGAUGGUGUGAAAAUUGAGGUGGAAGAGAACAGGGUGUUGAGAGUAAGUGGUGAGAGGAAAGGAGAAGAAGAAGAAGUUGAAGGAGAGAAAUGGCACAGAGCUGAAAGGAUUAAUGGGAAGUUUUGGAGGCAGUUUCGGCUGCCAAACAAUGCAGAUUUAGAGCACAUAAAGGCACAUCUUGAAGAUGGGGUGCUAAGGAUUACUGUGCCCAAGUUUGCUGAGCAGCAGAAGAAACAAGCUAAGGUUAUUGACAUUGCUGAGCAGGGAUCUUCUGGUCAGGAUAUUAAGGCUACAAAGGCUGAGAUGUGAUUUUGAUAUGCUCGCUUGUUUCCUUUUUGGGUGUCAACUAUCGUGUUUGGUAAUUACAUGAUGAUAAAUAAUAAUAAUCCCUUAUAAAUCUGAUGUAGAAUGAAGAGUAUGAAUGAUGCGUAUUAAGCUGUUUGUGAUUAGUUUGAUCUUGAUCUUGUUUUCAUAAGAUUGGAGAUUAAAAGAUUUGUGUUGUUGCAGUUA